ACAGCCCCGGAGCGCGGCCUGUCGGGGAGGUGGCUCGCGCGCUCCCCACACAGUCAUACUCCGCGCACUCACACACUUGGAAGCGCCUCCCCACGUCCCUCCCCUGCCCUCCUCUUGAUCUGCUCUUCUCUCCCUCACCACAAAUAGUCGCCGACCUGCUGCCAAUCCGCCUCUCUCUCUCUCUUUCUCUCUCUCAACAUGACUGACUGGGAAGCGGUGGCUCGGGCAGAGCAGCUCUGCUGGCGCAGGCAGGAGGAGCAGGAGGAUUAUUAAAUAACGCAGCUCGACUCUGUGCAACUGGGAGUGGAGAGGAGCCCAACAGCCGAGAAGGGGAGGGAGGGCAGAGGAGGGGGACCAGGAAGGACACCCCCGUGCCCCGAAGACAUAAAUCCCUGAGUGCCCGGGAGGAGCCUUAACAAGCGCACGGAGCCCUCAAGGCUGCUAAGUUGGCUUUCACAGUGCAAGCCUUCGAGUCCCAAUGGGGGACUCAGGAUCAAGACGAUCUACCCUGGUCUCCCGGUUGCCAAUAUUCAGAAGAAGUAUUAGCAGAAGACAUGAUUCUCUUCCUUCUUCACCUUCUUCCAGUAAUACAGUUGGUGUCCACAGUUCCUCCCCUUCCAGCACUAACUCAAGCUCAGGUAGCACAGGUAAACGGAGGAGCAUAUUCCGUACUCCUUCCAUUAGCUUCCACCAUAAAAAGGGGAGUGAGCCUAAGCAAGAGCCUACCAACCAGAACCUUAGUAUUUCAAAUGGUGCUCAACCUGGUCACAGCAAUAUGCAGAAACUGAGUUUGGAAGAACAUAUUAAGACCAGGGGAAGACAUUCUGUUGGUUUUAGUAGUUCACGAAAUAAGAAGAUAACAAGAUCUUUGACAGAGGAUUUUGAAAGGGAAAAAGAGCACUCAACUAACAAGAAUGUCUUUAUAAAUUGUCUAAGUUCCGGCAAAAGUGAAGGGGAUGAUUCUGGUUUCACAGAAGACCAAACUCGCCGUUCUGUUAAGCAGUCAACAAGGAAGCUACUCCCUAAAUCUUUUUCAUCUCACUAUAAAUUUUCUAAGUCAGUUCUACAGAGCCAAUCCAUUUCAUUGGUACAACAGUCUGAAUUCUCAUUGGAAGUUACACAGUACCAAGAGAGAGAACCUGUAUUAGUAAGAGCUUCACCAUCCUGUUCUGUGGAUGUAACAGAACGGGCAGGAAGCUCUUUACAAUCUCCUUUGCUUUCUGCUGAUCUUACCACAGCUCAGACACCUUCAGAAUUUUUAGCCUUGACUGAAGAUUCUGUGUCUGAAACGGAUGCAUUUUCUAAAAGUGGAAGCAUGGCAUCCCACUGUGACAACUUUGGCCACAAUGAUUCUACCUCUCAGAUGUCUCUCAAUUCUGCUGCUGUUACAAAGACAACAACAGAACUCAUGGGAACUGUUCCCUGUGCAAUUAUGUCUCCUGGGAAAUAUAGGUUGGAGGGUCAAUGUAGCACUAAAUCUAAUUCCUUACCAGAAACCUCUGCUGCUAAUCAGAAGGAAGUGUUAUUACAAAUUGCUGAACUACCUGCUACAAGUGUGAGCCACUCAGAGAGUAACCUACCAGCAGAUACUGAAAGAGAAGAAAAUAUAGGGUUACAAAAUGGUGAAACGAUGCUGGGGACAAACACCCCAAGGAAACUUGGAUUUUAUGAGCAACAUAAAGCAAUAGCUGAACAUGUAAAAGGGAUCCAUCCUAUUUCAGAUUCAAAGAUAAUACCUACUUCUGGUGAUCAUCAUAUUUUUAACAAAACAUCAUAUGGAUAUGAAGCAAAUCCUGCCAAAGUUCUUGCCAGUAGUCUCAGUCCAUUUCGUGAAGGAAGAUUUAUAGAGAGGAGACUGCGAUCGUCGUCAGAAGGCACUGCAGGGAGUAGCAGAAUGAUUUUGAAACCGAAAGAUGGAAAUAUAGAAGAAGUUAAUAGUUUAAGAAAGCAAAGAGCAGGUUCUUCAUCUUCAAAAAUGAACAGUUUGGAUGUUUUGAAUAAUUUGGGAUCUUGUGAACUGGAUGAAGAUGAUCUAAUGCUUGAUCUUGAAUUUUUAGAGGAACAGAAUCUUCACCCUUCUGUUUGCCGGGAGGACUCAUAUCACUCUGUCGUCUCAUGUGCCGCAGUAGUUCUUACUCCUAUGGAACCAAUGAUAGAAAUGAAGAAAAGAGAAGAACCAAAAUUUCCUGAGCCUUCCAAACAGAAUCUUUCCCUGAAAUUAACAAAGGACGUUGAUCAAGAAGCCAGGUGUUCCCACAUCAGCCAAAUGCCCAACAGUCCAUCUGCGGAUUGGCCCCUACAAGGUGUGGAAGAAAAUGGAGGCAUAGAUUCUCUGCCAUUCAGACUGAUGUUACAGGACUGCACGGCAGUCAAGACGUUAUUAUUAAAGAUGAAGAGAGUUCUUCAAGAGAGUGCAGACAUGAGUCCAGCAAGCAGUACCACGUCACUUCCUGUUAGUCCUCUUACCGAAGAGCCAGUGCCUUUCAAGGAUAUAAUGAAAGAUGAAUGCUCGAUGCUCAAGCUGCAGCUGAAAGAGAAGGAUGAACUCAUUUCCCAACUUCAGGAAGAGCUGGGAAAAGUCCGGCAUUUACAGAAGGCUUUUGCUUCAAGAGUAGAUAAAUCCACCCAGACUGAACUACUAGGCUAUGACGGUUUAAACUUGAAAAGACUAGAGACAGUACAAGGAGGGAGAGAGGCUACAUAUCGAAAUCGAAUUGUGAGCCAAAAUCUCAGCACAAGGGACAGAAAAGCAAUACAUACUCCCACCGAGGACCGUUUUAGGUAUUCGGCAGCGGACCAGACAAGCCCCUACAAAAACAAGACCUGUCAACUCCCAAGUCUCUGUUUAAGUAAUUUCCUGAAGGACAAGGAACUAGCAGAAGUUAUCAAACAUUCAAGAGGAACUUAUGAAACCCUCACUUCAGAGGUUACACAGAACUUACGGGCCACCGUUGGGCAGAGUUCUCUGAAGCCAAUAGCUAAGACAGAAGGGCUCUCCACGUUCUUAGAGAAACCAAAGGACCAAGUUGCUACGGCCCGACAGCAUUCGACCUUUACAGGCAGGUUUGGACAGCCACCCAGAGGGCCAAUCUCUUUACACAUGUACAGCAGGAAGAAUGUGUUUCUCCACCACAAUUUACACAGCACUGAGCUGCAGACUCUAGGCCAGCAGGAUGGGUAAUUAAAUCACCCGAUUCCUGUCUUUGGGUAGGAUAAAGAUGGUUAGUGUUUCUCGUGCAUAGUUCAUAUUAAAAUUGUCAUGUACUUUUUCUUACAUUUUAGUUCUAAACAAAGACUUGUGUUAUUGGGUUUUUUUUCUUAGUCAUAAACAAAGACUUGUGUUGUGGUUUUUUUUUCUCAAGACUGAAAGUUUGAGCAUGUUAAUUGAACUAGGUUGAAUUGCCUUGAAGACUUUACUAUAUAUGUGUAUAAUAAAUGGGACCAUCAUGAUCGUUUAUAUAGUCCAUAAUUUAUUUAUUUUUUAUCUCUAUCACUUACUGAUAUGCAUUAAGGUUUCAGAAGAUAAUAUCAAAUAGCAAUCUGUUCACUGUUAAUGGUGUUACUAUAAAAGUAGACCUGAUAAACAAUAGAUAAAGGAAUUAUAAAGAAUUUUAAAUUAUAUAGUUAAUAGAAGGAGGAAAAAAGAGAAAUGUUAAAGUCUUAUAUUUGGUGGUAUAUUUAUUUGAAGAAUGUGGCUUGCAUGUAACCUAGAGAUGUGUUUGUCUCUAUUACAUACAUUCAAGCUCAUCUUGUGAUACUAGUAAGGGGGAAAUGGUUGUAUUUUUUUUCCUUUAAACAUUUAGUUCAUACUUGUUCACGAAGGAUUUCAGACAGAGUAAUUGCUAGCCAAAUAGAGAAUGACAGCUCUGAUCUUUGAAAAAUUUUGCUUUUAGUUUUUGUUAUUGAUGUUGAAGUACCGUGACAUAACACAAGAUGAUAAAGUUGGUCGAAUUUUGUUAAAUGAUGCAUAAAGACUGACAUGCUAUAUUCUUUGAGCCACUGUCAUGGCAAUAUAAGCAUUUUUUCAGAAUUUCAAGGAUGAAACAUCCUAAGAAAAUUAUUCUUUUUCUUUCCUUAUUUUUUAAAAUGUUCUUUUUUAUGUAAAUCCAAUUUUGGUUUAUAUACAUCAACCUAUAUCUAUAAUUUUAUGAACUGAGGAACAGAAAGUCAGUAUUUUAUUGGCCAGCAUACAAUAUUCUGACUAUGCAGAAAUCUAGAUUUAGAACAAAAAGUAAAGUAAAUGUGAACAUUGGCAAUUUAAUCUUAGAAAUAAGCUUCUAACAGGAAUAUUUAAAACCCAUUUGCUGUCAAAUAUUUCUCUUUGACAAAUAAGGCCCAAAUAUGUCAUAAUAUGUUAUAUACUGAUGUGCACAUGAGAUAGAUCAAUAUAUGAAUUGAUCUAUGGAUAAUUCCAUCAUGUUCAAUUAGUAGCAGAGCAGAAUCAAAGAGUACAAUUAAAUACAUAAAUAAAUAUUUUUUAAAAGACUAAUAGGAAUCAAGGCUGCGGUUUUCCUAUACACAUCAGAGCUGUUAAGUAUAUCCACAUUAGCCAUAGCCCAUGCAAAUUGAAACUGUCACACCUACUGCAUGAUCUGUUUCCCUUGCAUUUUCUAACAGACAGAAUCUGUCAGCGUGCACAAGCAAGAUGAAUAAAGGGAAAUUGAGAUAGCAGUUUUAGCAUGGCAUCUGACAACUUGCUUAAAUUAAAGCUAUGUGCAAAAUGCAUCUCCUAUUAUAAAAAUGUAUUUGUGCUCUGUGCUUUGGGGAAAAGCCAUUAGACACUCCACCCCUGAGCUUUAACUACUGAACUUUGAUAUAUUUGCAAACUUAGAUUGGAACUGAUAAAGUAAGGAGUCGAGUGGAUAUGUUGUACUUGUAAUUUUGCUUUACCGAAGGAACACACAUGUGCAUCAAGGCAGACAUUUGCCAAAUGUUUUCUUUCUUUGCGUGUUUGUAAUUCUGCCAAAAGAGAACAAUAUACGCUGCAAAUUGCUUGACUUAAUGAGAUUGCUAUCUAAAGUUCCCACCAUACUUUGGAAGCUAAAAUGGUCAUGCAGAUAUACACUUUGGGCUGGGCAAUAUUUAAGAAAUGAUAGGAAAAUAGAAAAAUUAUGAUUUUUAAUUGUGGAAUUCAGCUUGAUUUGUCCUAAAUGUUGGUGUCUGUUGCUAGAGUAUUUUAAAUCUGUAAAUAAAUAAGCAUGAUAAAAAUAAUCAAGGAUUUUUUCCCAGGAUAUGGAAGAACUAUGUAUCACAAAUAAUGUUUUUGAUUUGGACUUUUGGAGUUGAUAGUUUUGUUUUCCUGGAAGAUAGACUUUUGAAUUAUACUUUAUAAAAAUAAUCUAUUUAAAGAAGAUCUGUCAUUUAAUAGACAUUUUAAGAGAUGUUUUAAACACUAGUAUUUUCUUGAAAAAUCUUUUUUAAAGCUGAAUCAUUCAAAAGAAAACCUGGAUUAAACAGUUCGAUUUUAAAAGGAAGGGUAUUUUUUGGAAAUAUCAUCUUAAAGCUGUUUUGUAUCAGUAUUUUCAGCAUUGUUAUAAUAUUAUUUGUAAUACUAAGAGUAACUCAGGCCUGGAGAAGGUGUAAGCCCACUAUGCUAAUGUACAUCAGUAACUGUAAAACAGGGGUUCUUUGUAAGUUCCUCUUGUGUAUAUAUAGUAACUUAUAACAAUGGCAUGUGGGCAUUCUUUCAGUGAAUUGCUUUCUUUGUACUAAAAUCUCUAGUUUUCUAAGACAGUUCCAUGUAUAAAAAUGAUUUAUACAUUUCUCCAAGGCGGUACAUAUCCAAAGACAUGACACCAGGGGGAAAAAGUGCUUGUUUUUCUGAUGGAAGCAGUGGUCUUUUCUUUUCUUUCCUCUUCCUUUUGUGCACGUGUAUGUGUUGCUAAGCCUAAAUAACCCUGUGAAAUUUCUGCUGCAAAUUGUCUCUUCUGAAUUUAGAAUGUGUUUUAAAGGAACACUUAGGAAGAGAAAUACCUUGAAGAAAAGCUGUUUCCACCUGAAAUAAACUGUUCCCAUUUUUAUAAUUAUUGGAACAUGAAACUGUAUUUCUAUGAACUCAGUGAUUUUUUUCCAUAAAAUUAUAUGCUAAGAGAGUCACCACAAAACUAUGAAUUCUCUCUCGAAUUAUUUUUGCUUCUUUGGAGCACCAUAGUCUUUGUUCAAAUCACAACAUGAAACUGUUGCUGCAAUGCUAAAGAUGUGAAUCCACCACUAUCAAUAUGGUCAGGGUAAAACCUGAAGCCACAUGUUAUUCAAGUUAUUUUUGUUAUCUAAUGAUUGACAUGAAAAUAAAAUAGAAAGCCAAUAUUAAUUUGUAGGCAUAGUUGCCCAACUUAAAAUGUUUACAAAGAUUUUCAUGAUUAAUCUGGGUUUAUGACCUGGGCUCUACCCCUUAUAUUUUCCAAGAUUUAAUCCUAACCCAUUGUCAUUAUUUCCUAAAUGUUGAACUCUCGUUAUAGGAAAUUCCACAAUUUGUUUUGUUUUCUUUGUCUUGUUUAAUAGAGAUAAUACCCAUACACCCCUCUCUACAAAAAUUUUUUAAAAGUUAUUAUGAUAUAUUUAAGAUUCACAUGCCCAGGAUAAAUGAUUAAAUUCCACUAGCCCUCUCAAAAACUUUCUUGGCAACUUAGUUGUUGAUUAAACAGUAGGAACAGUUUGUUGAAUGGUUAGGAUUAUCUCUCCACAUCAUUCCUCAUCAUCACCUUCUCAUUAUCAAGAAAUAGUAACCCAUAGCAGUGGAUAACUUGGAAUACUUAGCAUAAUCUCGUAAUUAUAAUCUAAAUUUUUACUACUUUUUCACUUUCAGAACUUAACAUUCUAAACAGGUAUAGAAGGAAGUGGUUCAAAAUAACCCUAAGAUUCCAUUGAAACAUAUACACAUAGAUGAAAGUAGAAAAGAAAGGGCAAUACAUGUGAAGAUGAUACCUAUGAUUGCCAUUCAUGUUACUGAAUCACAUGCCCCAUGACCAGAAGCUUUUCCCUUACUGACAAUAUUAGCUCAAAUGUAGCACCCAUUCAUUUUUACCAGGAUUUUGAUUGCUAUCUAAGACUUGACUUUAUUUAGGCAUUAUUAUCAGAUCCUGUUAUGUAUUUUCAUAUGCAUAUAUAUAUAUAUUUUUGUAUAAGAAGUAUUUCAAUCACACAUAAUAUUUUGGGAAUUUACCUCUCCUAGAGUUUAAGCUUUUUAAAACAUUUCUUGUUUUUUUCUCAUGUGCUAACUUUAUCAUGACAACUCUAGGCUGUAGAAGGUGUAAUAUAAAAUACAAACUAGUUUUGGUUCUUAUAAAACGCUGAUUUCAGUUAAGAUUGGUCAUUUUUUUAAACAGCUGAAUUACACUGUAGUAUAAAAGCAAACAGUCAACUAAGCAACCAAACAAAGAAGCUCUCUUCUUUAAUAAUACUCAUCAUUGCCAAAUGUUUAUUUUUGAAAUCUUGUUCUGUGCCAACUUGUUUCACCAUGUUAAACUGCAUACAUACCCAUGAACUGUUUAUUUACAAUACAUUUGAUCUCGUUAAGACCCCAGUUCUAUUUCCAAGGCACGCAGCCCAAAACCAAAAAGUUAAAAGGUAACACUCUGUGGUUGAAUUACCUAUGGAAAAGAAUGAAGGCAGUUCACUCUGUUUAAGAUGUGGAGAAUUUCCUACAAAUAGUUAAGGUGAAAUAAAAUCAUUAAUAGAGAGUAGGUUCCUUCCAUUUGCAUAAGUGAUCUAGAAUAUGGGAUACUAUGGUUCUUUUUAGAGCAUUUUCAGUGUAGCCUCAUUAACUUCUCCAAUUUAAUAUGACAUACAUACUUCUUCCACUUGAACACAAAAUUCAAGAAUAGGAGCAUCCUACAUCUUUCAUUCUUUCCAAACAUUACCUCUUUAGUAAAUUCGGGUUGCUAUAACAAAAUACCAUGGACUGGGUGGCUAAACAACAGUCAUUUGUGUCUCAAGUUCUGGAGGCUAGGAAGUCUAAGAUUAGGGUGGGGCAGAAUAAAUUAUUGGUGAGGAUCUGCUCUCUGGUUUGCAUGUUGGAGAAAGAGCUCUGGCCUCUUCUCUUCUAAUAACUACAAUAAUUUCAUCAUGGGGGCCCCACCCUCAUAAUCUCAUCUAAACCUAAUUACUUCCCAAGGGCCCCAACUUCAAGCACCAUCACACUGGGGGUUAGAGCUUCAACAUAUGAAUUUUGGGGGGGGAUAUAAAAAUUUAGUUUAUAGCACUCAUUUUCAGGUCAAAAAGCCCACUUCUCUAAUCACAUACUUCAGUAACUAGUUAGGUAAUUAUUGUUUUACUCUUUGUAGAUUAGAUCAGAGACAUUAGGUAAUUUUUCCAGGACACACAACAUGCAUUUUUAAUUAAAUUGGAUUUAAUAACCCUUGAACUUUCCAUUUAUGCCAUGAUUAUCUCCAGAAUAUGAUCUCUUCUAAGGAGGCAGAGUGAUUUAAACAAACAUGUGCUGCUUCAAUCUCCUUUACUCCUAAACUUCCAUUGAUAUUGCUAGGGACAAAAAAUUAGGCAAUGAUCUAUUUUAGGAAAUCGAAAUACUGUGCAUUGAAAAGCAGUUUUAAAACAAUUAUUGACGUUUAGUUUAAUAAAUAUAGAAUUUUGAGAGGGCAUCUCUUCUAUUUCAAGGUUACCUCCCAGAAAAACUGACAUUCUAAUUUUCUUCUCUUGAAAGCAAUUGGAAAAAAUACUAAGAAAUGAUUUUAUAUUUUUUAAAGUAGAGGGACAAUGAAGUGUCUAACAAAAGGAAAGCAUACAGAAAAUGAAAAAUAAACUAGUUAUCAGAUUGUCUUAUAUCUUUCCUUCAUAAGACAUUGAUACAGACAUCAUCAAAUUCCUGUUUGUAUUGCCUUAUACAUACUUAAAAAACAAGAUAUUUACAAAAAUAUUUUAGAUAUUCCUAUCUAGGAACUAAAAUUACAGCUGAUUUAGAAUUUGCUUAAUUAUCGGAAGGAAUUGACAUGAAAUGAGGAAUACAAAUUUACUUGUACUAAAUUUUUAAAUAAAAUGUAUUAUAUUUUGUAGUCAAUUAUAUAUACCAAUUUCAUGUCUGAAUAAGAUGUAAUCCUGUCAUGAAUUCUCUCUUCCAAAAAAGAAUGCAAGAGAAUUGAAUAUUGUCUUAGUUAGACCCCAUUUUUAAGGAAAAAAUACACCCUAUAUGAUAUAUUCUUAGAUAUAUAGGUUUGAGAUUAACAUUGAUAAUAGUUUUUUUUUAUUCAUCAUCUCUAAAACUCUAAAACUUUAGUGAGAAAGAUAAUAAAUAGAAAAUUACCCUGGAAAUUAAAAUUUUUAGCAAUAUUGAAUACAGUAGUAUAAUUUUUUGUGGCUCUUGAUUCCCUAAGAAGAAUAGUGAUUUUAUUUAAUGAAAAUUUCUCAAUUUGGUUAAUAUUCUAAGAAAAGAUUGAUAUAUUUAAGCAUGAUGAUUAGAAAAAUGUGCAUAUUUCCUGCUCAUAAUAAAUUUUAAAACAACAA